AUGAAAGCUGGAUCGGGUAUUUCUGAAAAUCAUGGUGGUGACAGACGUUCGCAGAAAAAUGUGGAAAAGCGCAAAAAAGUGAAAGCAUUCAUCGCAAAUUUAAAGGGGCAAGAGAGUCACUACGGAAGAGCGAAAUCUAAAAGGAUAUAUUUAUCUGCAGAGUACAAUAUCACCAUACUGCAUAGGCUAUACAAUGAUAGCGUUGAAGAAAGCUAA